AUUAAUGCUAUAAAAGACGCCGCAAUCGUUGGUCUGCAAGUAUAUUUCGUUACAGUAUGUCACUAUUAUUUAGAGCAUCAUGUAUUAAAAGAGAUAAAUGAAGAUAAAGAAGAUAAAGAUAAAAUCAGUUGGGAAACAUUUAAAUUAAAUUUUACAGAAAAUAAAGAAGCACAGAAAAUUGCUAAA